AUGGAUCUCCUCCAGGUCAAAUACCAUUCUGCCGAGAUUAGUCCCAACUGUUUCCUUCGGCCAUACUUCACCAUGGAGCACUCCGUUUCUUGUAGUAUGACAGCAAGCGAAGUCCGGCGUCUUAUCUUAUCCGGCUCCAUCACUUUGGAAACAUACGUCUGGUCACUUCUCAGACAACUUGAGAACGAGGAUCAGUACAGAGGCAUCAAAGCUUGGGCACAUAUCAAACCCUACAAGGUGCUCGAAGAAGCAAGACGUCUCGACAAGCUUCCGCGAGACCAACGUGGACCUCUUCAUGGUUUCGUCAUUGGCGUCAAAGACGCAAUUCUUACCGAAGACUUUCCCACGACAUACGGAUCACCGAUACAUGCGAACGACGGCCCUCUUCAUGACGCAGCAUCUGUUGCCGUUUUGAGGCGGAAUGGUGCUCUUAUCAUGGGAAAAACGACAACGACAGAGUUUACUGCGACCUUUGAAGGUCCAGGAACAAGAAACCCGAGAGACAUCUCCAGAACUCCUGGAGGCUCUUCUUCUGGUUCAGCAGCAGCUGUGGCAAGUAUGCAGGUACCCAUCGCUCUUUGCACACAGACGGUGGGAAGCACGAUCAGACCAGCCUCUUUCACUGGUGUAUAUGCCUUCAAGCCCACUUGGAAUGCGAUCUCCGCCGAAGGCCAGAAAGUCUCGUCGCCGACGCUAGAUACCUUUGCGGUCAUGGCUCGCAGCGUAACCGACUUGCAGCAUGUUUCUAAUGUUCUCGGGCUCCGAGAUGAUGAACCACGCAAGGCGGUAUCUCUGAGUGAGGCCACGUUCGCUUUCGUCAAAUCUCCGGUGUGGCCAACUGCCGGACCGGGUACUGUGGCGGCUAUGGAGCGAGCUGCCAAGAUCCUCACCAACGCCGGCGCGCAGGUCGUAAACGUCACGUUACCAUCGGACUUUGACGAUAUUCUCUCUCUGCAGAACGAGAUUCUAGAGGCUGAGAUUGGUGUGGCUUUUCACAAAGAAUACACCACUCGGAGGUCCCAGAUCAGUGACUAUCUCGCCAGUAUCGCUCGAACCUCACACACCGGUUCGAAGAAGGCAUAUCUGCGGGCUUUAGAUAGAAUUGCAGCUUUGAGGCCAAUCAUGGACGAUAUUGCGGACCAGUAUACUGCCAUUGUCACACCGAGCGCCAUAGACGUUGCUCCCAAGGGUACAGGGACCGGCAGCUCUGACUUCAACGCCAUGUGGACGGCCCUUCAUUCACCGGUGAUCAACAUUCCCGGGUUCCAAGGCGAGGACAACAUGCCAGUGGGGCUGUCUCUCGUGACUUCGAGCACAAUGGAGGACAAGCCGAAUAUCCUGCCACCCAAUAUCCACAGCCAGUACCUUCGGUACAAGGCUAACACCAAGCUUUUCCUCAACUGGCUUUUCAGCGAGUCGAAGAAGAUCAUGAAGCCCAAGCUCCUCCCGCGCGAGGCGACUGGCCUUUGCACCCAGCAUCUCUUGCCUAUGGCUCAGGCCUGCAAGUCCGCCGCGGUCGCAAUGCCUCCCAUUCAGCGAUCCUACCUCCAGCAGGCGAUCGACCUCCGCCGCAAGGUCGGCAAGUACUAUGUUUCGGGCGGCUCCCAGAGUGCGGUCGCCACGGACGACGGUCACAAGUUCUUCACCAACUGUUUGGAUCGUAUCUUGGAUAUGUUCCCUGCUGCUCCUUCCGCCAGCAGCCCCCGUCCCCCGUCCCCUCCGUCUUCCGCACCGGCUCCGGAUCCCAGCUUCACCAACAAGUUCGGCCUUCUCAACGUGGAGGACUACGAGGACACCGGUCCUGAAGGUCCCCGGCCCAAGCCAGCCACUCCCGCAACCCCCUCACCCCCGACCGCCAAGGACAAGCUGUUUGAUCUCAUCGACGACUCGGGCGUGGAACUCAUCUGCCUGCUCAACGAUAUUCGAGAAAUCCGCCUUUAUCUUCAGGGAAUCUGGGCUAACUACCAAGCCCGGAAGCUGGAUCUUGUUUCCGCUGCACUCGUCACCGAGGCGGCAUUUGAGUGCAUCGGAAUCAUGGACGAGAACUUUGGUCAGGUCAACCCCGAGUUGCAAUUGAUGCCAGCUAUCGUCGCUGCCAUUGUCAAAGGCAGCACGGCGCACUGGCCCAAUCAUUUACAUCUUUGUCUGGCAAAGGACGGACCAUGCGUCCAAGAUGACUCCCAGCCCGCCGGUGGCCAGUCAGAAUUCCGCCCGUAUGUCGGCAACCCCCACGUCGAUUUCUUGUCGGAGUGGCUGAUGGCACCUGCUUUCAACAUGAUGGUCGGUCUGGCUGAGCAGGCCAAGCAUCCCGAUAUGCCGAGCCUUUGGCCCGACGAUGCGGACUACCAGAUGCUUCGAGAACUGGAGGCUCAUUCCGUCCAUCUGACCCGGGGGCGCGAGAAACAUGGCUUCUGGCGGCUCGAUCGCUUGAUGCUAUACCUAUGGCAGCCCCAGAACGAAGGCAUCCAUCUUACAACGGUGGCUCUGAGCACCAUCAUGCUGGACCUGCGCAAGAUGGACGGCCUGUUUGCCAUGGUCACCGAUGAUUACGACCUUUUUUGUCGAAAGUUCCCUCACGACUUCUACGACAUCGAUCCACCCGACAACCAGUUGCACAGGGAAAACAAGCACGACGUUGGGCGAAAGCUGGCAUGGCUUAGGCCGGAAGACAACUUCCCUUCCAAGGAGUGCAUCAAGAUUAACCCCGUCUUGGCCGGCCUCACCAUCUUCAUUCCCUAUCAGAAAGUUCUGCGCGGUAUCAUCCAUACCACCAGCUGGGACUGGUGUCUCAUGCCCAUGGCGCACAUUUACAACUACGCUCGCGCGAAGAAUUCCUGGCCGUUGCAGUGGGCUGAUAUGGAGGCUCUCAUCACGAUGCAGGGCCGCGAAAUAUUUUCCGACGGCGAGCUGCGUCCCACGAAUAUUAAGAUCUGCGAGAAUCGGUUUUAUUUUGCAAAUGGUGGCACGUCAAAUGAGCUAACUGCUAUUAGAAAGAACCGCAAGACCACCUUGUUCGAAGUCAUGAAGGAGACGAGGUUCAACUUUCCGCGCAAGUUGCCAAUCAACAAGGAGACGUUUGAGAAGGGAGCAAUGUCUUGGCACCAAGCAGACCGCAUUUUCAGUCUGAGGAACACUUCUGGGUUUCGUCGCGAAUUCCAUCCCACUCCCGUAUUGAGCGAAGUCUAUUGGCAGUACGAGCGGCCCAGCGAAGAGGGGGAAACCCAAGGACGCUUCGGCAUCAGCGCUAAUGCCACCUCUCGGACAAUCAAGAAACACGUCGAAAAAUGCCUCAAGGGCAUGAACAAGCCAGUUCGCAGGGAGCUCACCGUCCCUCAGUUCCUCGAAGGCUUCCUUGCCAUUGCCCAGCUUGAGGUCUCUCACAUGGUUUUCGACUUCUACGGAAUGGAGUAUGCGUGUCUACUGGUCCUGGAGGAAGUUCAUGCGGAACUCGUCGGCUCCCUCCCGGAGAUGCAAAACGACCUUGACAGGAACCUCUUCGUCGAUGUGUUCUUCGACGAUUACGAGCGCAAGCAAGUCGAGUUCAAGUUGAAGAAGGUCUUGGGCCGCAAGGGGGAAAACCGGCCUCGGACUGACAUUGCCCGCGAGUGGGAGAGAUUCUGCAAGAAAUUGGCGCUAUUCCCUCGGUCUGAGUAUGGCUGGGACGCGAAGUACAACAAUGCGCUCCAGGAUCGCUUGACCGCCUCAGCUUUCUUCUAG